ACGCUCGGUUAUUAAAUUAUUCGCAGCUGCAAAAAAACCAUUUACGAGGCUAAGCACGAUUAGAUUACAACUCGGUAAGUCAUUCCGCGGGAACGGAAAUGCAUGAGCCCGUAGAAGUAUAUAUAUAGGGAUCCAAUCUCCCGUCGAUGUCCCAGGCUAUAAUGAGCUACAUUUAUACUCCGUCAAUCACAAAUAUCACCAUGAGCUUGGGCUCAUCAACUCCCAGAAUCCCUCCCCAUACUGACGCACUUAUCCAGGAAGCCUUUAAUAGGUCUACAUCGUGCUUAGAGCUUGCACAGGACGUGGUGCCCAAUGGUCCUCCUGCACCACGGGAAAUUGUGGCCCAUUUGAAGCUUUUGCGGUGCUUUGCAGAGCUAAAGAAGAGAAUCAUAGCCUCCGACGACAAUGAACAUUUGUGGAAAACGUACGUGACAAUGGCUGCAAGACGGUUUUUGGUGUUCAUGAAUGCAAUCAAAGGCAUUUCUACUUCAGCACUUUCCGAAACUUUGGACCGAAUGCUGCCACCUAUUGACGUGAUCAUGGUGUGGCAUUCUUUCAUGUUGAAAACACUUUCUUUCACCAACCACUGCAAAAGAAACCAAUUGCAGGGAUUUUUCAAUUACUCAUUCCCAUUAAAGGCAAUCACUGACCUUAUAAAUGAUUCCACUUUUGUCUUUGUUCCAACAGCACAGUUGCAGGCCAACUUCGAAUCGUUUAUGCAAGAUACCGGCUCUUUUGUAUACGAUUCUUACCAGAUGUUUGAUGCUUCAAUGGUCUUGAUGAUCCAUUGUCCUGUUUGUGCUCAAGACCUUGUUACCAUACCAUUGAUAGACUUUGCAGACUCUCGGUUCCAAGUAUCGGAAUUUGAAAACUGCAACUGUGGGUUCCAGAACCUGAUGUCUCACGAUGAGUUGAACAAACGCAUCUUCUGGAAAGAUGUCAUGGACUUCUGGUACCCAGUCACUUCGGAGUACCAAGAGUCUCGGAUUCGGUUGGAAUUGGUAAAGAAUACCUUUAUGAACUUGGUGUCCAAGACUUUUGAACAGUUUAUCGAUGAGUUGGGUAGUUCCAUUUCCUUGAAGUCGUUCACUCAAAUGAGAUCAUAUAUGGGGAUAAACCCCAUUAACUUGACGAUUCCUGGUAAUGCAUUCCACUUACAAGAUGAUUUGGUGGAGUGUGUUGCUAGCCAGGGUAAGUUCAUUACUAGUAUGGAGCAGUCAAACUGGAUCUACUCUCAAUUGCUUGAAGACAUCAUUGAAGAUGGAAUUGAACGAUACAAGAACUUUGUGUUGGUGUUCAAAGAUGCUACCUUUACGGUAGUUCCUACUUUGGACAUUGAGUUAGUCUGGAAUACCCAUCAAUUGAACCAAUCGGGGUAUCAGGCUUAUACCCAAGAAGCUUGUGGAAAAGUAUUGAGACACAACGACCAGAUUGAAGAACUGAAGCUAAUUGCCGGAUUCACAGAAACUUGUCGAAAAUACAAAGAGCUAUUCAACCAAGAAUACUCCAUUUGUUUCUGUGGACCAUGCAGCUACCGAAGGAUAAGAUCAAGAAGCUUAUUUUCCCACAAAGCCAAAAGCGGACAGACUCUUUUCAAGGCCAACAGUGUUCACCACCUUUCCACCUGUCAAAAAACUGAGUCCCAUUUGCGAUUCUUUUACAAACAAAGCGAACAUUAUGUUCCUUGGGAGGAGAAGCACAUACAAAAUUAUGUUACUUCUUCAUUAGUUCCCAUUUACGAGGGUAUUGAGACUGGUUCUCUUUUUCAAUUCCAUGGCUGAGUCCAUCGGAUAUACCUGUAUUUCUGAAACGGCUUCCAUGCUGGCUGUGGGAGAAUAUAUUAAAACAAUAUAGAAAUGAUCAAUGUACUGAAUAUUCUCACUAAAUUUCGCAGUUGCACAAUCCAUGAGCGUAUUAGACCUAAGCAAUUAUCUGAUAGUAUUGGGCAGUUCGAGUGCCCGGAGACUCUCGAUUCUCCAAGAGGUUCUCAAGAUUACAAAGGUGACAGUGGUGAAGCCCGAUUUUGAGGAAAAUCUCCCGAAAUCCAUGUCUCCUAAACAGUAUGUCCAACAGACCUCUCAUCACAAACUACUUUCUAUCUUGGACGCCAACACGUUUGAGUCUCCUACAAUCGUCAUCUGCUGUGAUACCAUAGUUGACUGUAAUGGCCAGAUCCUCGAAAAACCCCAGACGAAGGUGGUUCAACGUCAAAUGUUAAAUAGCUACCGGCUCCACAAUGCGAUCAAUGUGAUUUCAUCAGUACAUGUGGCAAUUGUGCACGGAAAAGACAUCCAUGUCGCUGGAGAUGAGGUUUGUACGACCUUGAACUUCGAUUCGAGCACUCCUCAAGAAGUGAUUGAGGCAUACAUCGAAAGUGAAGAAGGGUUGGAGGUGGCUGGAGGAUUUAAGUUCCAGGAAGCGGGAAACGUUCUUUUCCUGUCACUUAAAGGCGAUUACUUCAACGUGGUGGGUCUCCCCGCCAAGCGGACGUUCGAUCUAGUUCGCCAGUUACUUGGACAUGUGUAAGUUAUAAGACCUUAGCAGCAGGCUUGUCGUCCUGCACACGCCUGCGAAAUUGUACAAAAGUCUGAGUGCGAGAUGAGAUGAAAAAUAUUCAAGAUGGCUCAGAAAGCUGGUAGCAAGUACCAGGUCAAGCCCGUCAAAAGGACAGAGAUCGAAGAAUUGUCAGCCAACAAAGAUGAGAUAGAGGUGGCCUCAAGCUCUAGCUCCGAGAGCGACAUCAACGCCGAAAGUGAUGUUGAAUUAAGUGAAGACAGCGAAUCUGACUCAGAAGACGAGCAAGACCAAAUAAAAGGAUUGGAAGACAACCGCAAGCAUGUUAUAAUAAAGCCCGCCAGAAUAAUAGACACCAGCAAGAGCAAGGGUAAGAAGGGAGUCAUAUACUUGGGCAGAAUCCCUGACGGGUUCUACGAGGCAGAAAUGGAAAAAUACUUCAAGCAGUUUGGAGAAAUAACCAGAGUGAAGUUAUCCAGAAACAAGAAAACCGGAAAGUCCAAGCAUUAUGGGUUUAUUGAGUUCACCAGCGUCCAAGUAGCCAAGGUUGCCAGUGAAGCCAUGAAUAAUUAUCUUUUAUAUGGCCACUUGAUCAAAUGUUAUGUGGUGGACAACCCCAGUGAUUUGAUGUUCAGCCAGUCCAAGUUUAAGAUCAUUCCUUGGAGAAGUGUUAGCAAGCAUCGUAACGACAAGCCCAAAAGCCAGCAACAUUGGGAUAAGUUAAGUAAGAAAUUUGAGUCCAACCAACAAAAGAGAAAGUCGGGGUUGCAACAAAAGGGCAUUGAUUUGGGUUACUUAGAUUAGGAGAGUAGUAGUGUAAAUGCAAAUAUUAUCAGAAGCUCAACCCCAUUUAUCGCAACAUGUGAAUGGGAGGAACCUGAGAACGGGAAGAACCUGAAAAUGGCAGAAACAUGAAUGGUGGGUGUAUGGGUCAGAAUGGCUUUUACUAUUGGUAUGAUUUGACAGUGGUUGGUGGUUGUAAAGUAAGUAAUCAUGUAAUACCAACUGUUUGUGGAUAUUGCACCCGGACUGGCAACCU